AUGGACUCCGGCAUCAUUUCCUCGGAUGCCCGGCUGGAUGCCACAGUUGCUGUGGUAACGGCCGUCUUUCAAGUUCUUUUCCUCUGCAGAACGGCAUAUGGCGCCGUCAGCCACCGAAGCCACAUACGGAAUUUGGCUGAGAGAUGCAUGAAGGCAGCUACGCGGGCAUUUGCACAAACUCCACAUUCCGAUGGUGAGAGGCUUGUUCUUGAAAAAGUGAGCGAGCUUCGGUUGCAAAUUGCACGUCUUUUCAUCAAGUAUAUAUGUGCACUGCUUUGCAUGACUCUGCUGAUUGUACUCUGGCGCGCAAUGCGGAAAGCCCCUCUUUUCGUGUCACCUGCUACAACCUUAGCUGCUGCUGUGGCAUUUUGGAUCUUCGCGCUGUUGGAUGCAUUCCCGGCAAUUCUCACAGCUCGGCGUUUAAACGCCAUGUAUAUCAUCAUGACAGGUUACUGGGCAGCAACACUGUCACCGUGGCACGUGCAGCCCACGAAUGCUAGCCAGCUGUCCCUUUUGUAUCUGGCCUUUGCCCGCAUGCCCGCAGUGGGUAUUGCCACCACACCUGCACUGGUUGCAGUAUGCAGCUUGUUCCCACUACUUGUGCUUGGGCUACGCGUUGGAACUGGAGAAAUGCCAGAGGUACGACCCUUUGCAAUCGAGUUCUGUGCAUUUAUCGGUACAGUGGUUGCAUCCACAUCAGUUCAGCAAGUCCUGACAUACCGCAUUGAGCGAAGUCUGCAGUACAAGAAGAUGGCAACUGACUUCAAUGCCACGUCGUCCCUGCUGCACUUGAUGUGUGACUCCGUGAUCGAGCUGGACGCCGAUCUCCGGAUGGUGGAGCACUCGCCAUCACUUGCCGCUUUGCUGUUGCGGGGCAGACCGGGCGCGACUUUGGCCGGCACGGACUUCACAGACCUCUUAGCCAAUGCAGCAGAGGCGGGCCGUGCUGUGGAGCUCUUGCGGGGGUUGGAGGACUGCCCGCGUGACGGUGUGAAUGCUCAGGCUUUUCAAACGCAUCUGAUGGACAGCGACACCAACAAGUUCCGGACGGAAGUUUUCCAAGUGAUGUACCACACGCCAGAGGGACAUGCCCGACACCUCAUCGGCCUCCGUGACGUGACGGACCAAGGUUCGCUCUCAGGCAGCAGAGCCGUCGAGAGUUUUUCCAUCCUCCCGCGUUCGUCUACACCGAUGUCCUUGGCCUGCAGCUCCAUCGGCUCUAAGGCAAGCGGGCCUAGCGGGCCUAACGUGAACGCACAGGAGAACGCCAACGCUGGCAAGUUUCUGUCACUUCUCGUCGACGUGGACCUUCAAGUCGUCCAUACCUCAUCGUCAUUUGCCUACCUCGGGAGGCAUCCAGCUGAGCUGUUCUCCACCACAGGGAUGCAACUCUUGGACCGAGCACUGGCUGAAGUCAGCUUUGAAACUCCCAUAUCCCUCUCGGCCCUGGAGUUUCGACUCGGGAGCCACUAUGAGGUUGUGAGUGCCACCGUCCAGCUGGUUCAAAACCCGGCUGUCAGAUCGUAUCUGAUCUUAGUCUGUGCACCUUCGGGCCUGAUGCCUCCUAAAGGGAGCUCAGAGUUCAGCUCAGUCGCAGAUCUGGAGACGGGCAAACACCGUGAACUCCUGGUCGGCGCUGAGUACCAGAACAAGCUGGAUAUCGACCUCCACCUCUCGGCACGACAUCGGCAAGGUGAUGGGCACUUACUUUUUCUGUACGUCUUGGAGAAGAUUCGGAGGUUGAUUGCUAGGGCUGCCGACGUGCCACCGUCCUGGGUCUAUUUUGCUUCGCACUUCCUUAGCCACCUAGCUUCGGAUGGAAGCAGCUCCUCAAAGGGAACGAUCCACUGCGACGAAAGCAGUUUCGAUCGAUUUCACUACUCUGCCGUGCUGUGGCUAACAGCGCACAACUCAACCACAGGUGGAGAAGUCCAGUUCUUCGAUGCGCAACGGGGAGACUGGCGCAUGACUGUUAAACCAAGACCUGGACGACUGGCCAUCUUCACUUCGGGCUGGGAAAGCAUCCACCGAGUUACCCCGCUUCUUAUCGGCGAGCGCUGGUCGCUGCCUCUGUUCGCAUCCGUGAAGGCACCUGUGAACACCACCCGCCUCUCGAAAGCUUGCCUGCGGCCCUCAAGCACGAAGCAGUGGGAGUACUGUCAAGAUCGCCUGCACCAGUGGCUGAACGCCGCCGAGGAGGAUUUCAGCUGA